CCUAAAAGAAACCGGAAAGUCUCUGUCGGGAGAAGUUAGCAGCCAGUUCUUUUCCACAGAGCUGUUUAACUUUCUACCAAUAAAUCAUUUCUUGCACAAAGCUGAAAAUGUCGGGAUCAUCCAACAUCGUAGCGAUGAAAAAGAUCGUCCAGCAGCUGCGCCUUGAAGCGAGCUUGAACAGAGUGAAGGUUUCCCAGGCCGCGGCGGACCUGCAGCAGUUCUGCCUCCAGAAUGCCCAGCAGGACCCUCUGCUCACCGGCAUGUCGUCCAGCAACAACCCGUUCAGACCGCAGAAAGUCUGCUCCUUCCUAUAGCAGAGACCGACCUCCGCCCGGUUUUGGACUUUGUGGGGAAGAGAUGUGGGAUCCUGCUUCGUGGACUGGAAUCGUCUCAGGAGUGUUUAGGCCAAAUAACUAACUUAAGGUUGUUUUUUUUUUUUUGUAACAAUGUUGCCUUGAUACUUAUACAGAAAUAUUCCCAGGUGCUUAUAUAACACAGAUUUCUGAAACUCUUUGCAUAAUGCAUAUCAACCCACAUGUGCCUUUUGAAGUGUACAUUUUCCAUGACUGAUUAAACAAAUAGUGAUUUCACAUUUUAAUUUGUUGCUGCAUGUUGUACUGGAAUAAAAUACAUUUCUAA